UAUGAGGUAGAUCGAGCGCCUCUCUCCACUGGUGGGGCGGGAGAGGGGCGGGUACGCGAGCGAGCAAUGGAGGCCGCCGCCGCUUCGUUGCCUAGGCUUAAGCGGGAGUCUCCGCCGCCGCCGCCUCCUUCCGCGGGUGCCAGCAGCCGGGUCUGGAGACUUAGCAACUUGGUCAUGGCCGUCUUCUUCGGACUCGCCGGGGCCGUGCAGGUCAAUGACCCAGAUCCAGGACUCUGGAUAGUUGCCUACUCUGUACCUGCAGCUCUCACACUGGUUGUUGGCCUUAGUCCACCAAUUGCAGACAAUAUUGUGUGGCGGAGUCUGUCAGAUCUACAUUCAGCUGCUUGUCUUGUGGGUUCUGCCAUCUUGGGGUAUUCCUUGUUUACUAAUGCUCAGAAAAGCAUCUUGCAUGAGGAAGAAGGCAGGGAGUUAUUUGGUCUGUUGAUUGUUACCGUCUGGAUGAGCCUUUGUCGUCGUUCAGCCAAAAAUUCCCUGGGUGGGUUUCACUUGGCCAUUGCAAUCUUCCUCUCCCUUUCCCCCUUUGUAAUGUGGCUGUACAUCUACAUGAAUGCAGAGAUGCGAACAUCCUGGCCAUCUCACUGUAAAACAGUUAUUUAAGAAGGUGGAAAUGAAGCAAUCGGUGUUCUAGCGCCUAUUUGCCCAGCUCUGAUUUGUCAGCUGUGCCAAAUCAACAGUGAUCACAGCCAUGGCUGAGAUCGGUUUGUUCCUUUGAGAGUCCGAUUUUAAAUUGUCUGUUAUGUUCUUGAAUGCUGGAAACUGGAGCACAAUUAGAGUGGAAUUUUCUGGAUCCUGGUCUAGAUUUUCAAGGAAAGAAUAUAUCUGCAAUAAGGCCACAUGGGUUAGGGCUGCAUUAACUACAGGCCCUUGGUACCUGCAAGGGAUUGGAUCAAAUGAAAUAGGUGCUUCUGUGGGAGAAGCUGGAGUCUAGAGGUGAUUUGAACUUACUGCUGAAACCAGUGGAGCUGAAGCUGCAGAACAGCCUUGAAGGGACAGCAGUGUUUGUAUGUUUUACAGACUGUAAUUAAAACUACUUGUAAUAGAA